AUGGAAAGUAAAUCCUCCAAUUCUUCUACAAACUUAGUAGAUCAAUUAGUGUAUCCUGGAGAUGUGGUUCUUGACCUCUCUAGCAUGACUAACCAGACUAUUAAGCUUGGAGGCGGUCUGCGUCAGGACGGUGAUGUGAUUUCUGUAAUGAAGGCCGGCAGAUUUAGGUUCUCCAAGCCAAAUAAAUAUUGGGUUGAAAGUUCUCAAAAGAGGUAUGUGCCCCGUCCAGAGGAUUUGGUUCUAGGAAUCAUUGUUGACUCCAGAUCAGAUAACUUUCUCGUGGAUAUAAAAGGACCUGAAUUAGCAUUUCUACCGGUGCUUGCAUUUGAAGGAGGAACAAGAAGAAAUAUACCUAAGUUUGAGGUAGGUGCUUUGCUCUAUUUACGGGUUGUGAAAGCAAACCCUGGAGUGAAUCCUGAGCUGUCAUGCACUGAUGCCAGUGGGAAAGCAGGAGAGUUUGGUGCCCUAAAGGAAGGCUAUAUGUUUGAAUGUUCAACUGGUCUCUCAAGAAUGCUUCUCAGCUCACCCACAUGUCCAGUACUUGAUACUUUAGGGAAGAAACUCUCUUUCGAGAUAGCAGUUGGCUUAAACGGGCGUGUUUGGGUCAAUGCCUCGUCUCCAUCUACAACCAUCAUUGUAGCUAAUGCACUCGUAAACUCAGAGAUAUUGAGUGGUGUCCAACAGAAAAUAAUGGCUGAAAAGUUGCUGCAAAGAGCCCAAUGA